AUGCCUCGUUUCACUCACUGCCACCGACUACUCCGCACGUCCGCAGUUCAAACACCUCGCGAUGUCCUAACCAGCCUCUAUUACUUCCGUGCGCUCGAUGACCGCGCGCCUUAUCAAUACGUGCACGAUCCUCCUGCAGGCAUCGCAAAGGAGAACCUCGGUGUUCAGGCGUAUCCGGUCAAGAUCGACGAUGCACGAGGCAGGGAGAUUGAGUUUACGUUGGAUAACAGCGGAUUCCAAUUCAUCACGCACGUCAGCGAGGAAAGGCAGUUCGACGAUGAACAGUGUAUCAGGACGACCUAUUAUCGCGAAAUUGUAGAACUGCUGAAACGCGCGACUGCUGCGAAGCGAGUUCACGUAUUCGACCACACGAUCAGGACAAAACAGACAGAGAUCGGACAGAGAAGUCCAAAUCGUGGCCCUGUGGAACGAGUGCACGUCGACCAAACGUUUGACGCUGCACUCCAUCGCGUACGGCACGAGCUACCAGACGAAGCAGAUCGGCUCCUCCAACGGCGAAUACGCAUCGUCAACGUCUGGAGGCCCAUCCACCACCCCGUCGCACACAAGCCACUGGCCGUUUCGGAUUGGCGUUCCGUCGACAAGGAACAUGACCUCGUUCCUGUUCGGCUCAUCUACCCCGACCGCGAGAGUAGCUCGUUCAGCGUGCGGUACAACUGCGCCCACCGCUGGUACUACCUCUCGAAUCAGACUCCUGAUGAGGUCAUCUUGAUCAAGUGCUAUGACUCCGCGGUAGACAGAGCUAGGUUGGCUCCCCAUUCGGCAUUCGUGGACAGUGGUAGCUCGCCGUCGGCCCCGCACAGGCAUUCCAUCGAGGUGAGAUGCCUCGUGUUCGACACGGAGUAG